GAAGAAUGACUGCAGCUACUCUGGAUCCAAGUUUAAGCAUAGAAAUGCAUAGAGAUCCUAAUGAGCAUGGAUCUGUUAUAGAAGAGAUUGAAGGGCUUAUUAAAGUCCACAAGGAUGGACAUGUGGAGAGACUUCAAAUUGUUCCAUUUGUCACAACUGCAUUGCCUCCGGAACUCGGUGUCAAUUCAGGAGAUACAGAAAUUGACAAGUUCACAAACAUAUGGGCACGUUUCUAUGUUCCAGUAUGCCACAAAAAGCUCCCUUUAAUCGUCUACUUCCAUGGCGGUGGAUUUUGUGUUGGCUCAGCUGCCUGGAGUUGUUACCAUGAGUUCUUAUCAAAGCUAGCAACAAGAGCAGAGUGCAUAAUCAUGUCAGUAAAUUAUCGAUUAGCCCCAGAAAAUCCUCUCCCCGCCGCUUAUGAAGAUGGAUUCAAGGCUUUCAUGUGGCUAAAACAAGCGGCGCUAUCUGGAACGAGUUACUGGUGGUCUAAAAAAUGCAACUUUUCGAGAAUUUUCUUAGCCGGUGAUAGUGCUGGCGCUAAUAUAGCCCACAAUGUAGCCACGAGGCUCGGUUCUAACAAUGUGUGUGAUCCAACAACAGUCUUAAAGCCUUUAACUCUCAAGGGUACUAUUUUAAUUCAACCAUUUUUCGGAGGAGAGGCACGUACAAAUUCCGAAAAGCAUUUGACACAACCACCUCGAUCGGCGCUGAACUUGGCAGCCUCUGAUACAUAUUGGCGACUAGCGUUGCCAUGUGGGUCUAACCGUGACCAUCCAUGGUGCAAUCCGACAGCAAAGGGGUCGAUAAAGCUAGAAGAUCUGAGGCUUUUGCCGAGCAUGGUGUGCAUAUCAGAGAUGGACAUAUUGAAAGACAGAAACCUGGAGUUUUGUGGUGCCUUGGCUAGAGCGGGUAAAAGGGUUGAGCAUGUGAUGUAUAAAGGCGUAGGACAUGCAUUUCAGAUUCUGAGUAAGUCUCAGCUAUCUCAAACUCGAACCAGUGAAAUGAUUGCCCAUAUCAAGGCCUUCAUUAGUCGGUGAUCCACCAUU